AUGAACUCUUCAGUGCGCUACCGGCCCUUGUCUCCGAGCGGCCACCGCAUGGUUGAUCCCAUGCGUGCCUCGACCGGAACAGUGCCUCUCAGCUCCUCAUAUGGUCACUUCGACUCCUCCAUGGGUCGUCCAGGAUACCCACCCUACCCUUCCGAUCUCCCAUUAGUGACCCCCUUCAGCACUCCAUACAACACCCGUGUGUCGCACGAACCGAGACUUGAGGUUCAACCGAUUUCCUCAACAACAUACCGGGACCCUGGUCACUCCACCAAGCUGAGGACCGAGUAUGCCAUCCGAUCGAGACCGCGGAGCAGUACCACUUCCGCUGCCGAGAUCCACCAUGCUCCUGUCCGGCUCGAUGUUCCGUCAUCCGGGAAAAGACAUUCCCCUGUGAUCACAUCAAGCUAUCGCCGAUCUCCGAGUCCUCUCCCAAGCCAUGAACGGUAUAUUGUUCCUUCAUCCUCGUCACAUCACGCUCGGCGUCACAGCCGGCAGUAUCCUACAGAUUAUGCGAGUGAUACUGGCCGACUCGAGCCGCAUGCCCGAACAACGAGAUCUCGGACGGGUCAUGGAGCUUACCGUGUUCAUGACCACGGUUACCGAUCGCGCUAUCCAGCUCCUAGAGGCUUCCGCAAGGGAGAAGACAUUGAUGACUACGAUGCUUACUCUUACACCAACCCUCGGGAGCAGUUCGAAAAGGAUUCGGUCGCCAGGUUGAAGUACGGUCGGGGUGCAUACCGCAAGGAGAGGCCUUUGAGCAUGACAGGGAUCGAGAACCAUCAGCUGCUCCCAAAGAAGGAGGCGCGAGCCUUGGGACCGCCUCCCUCACAGAGAGGCUUUGACAAGCUGGAUCGCGAUACGAGGUCCCGAUCGUCGGUUCAUGAGUCCAUCGGGAGCGACGUCGACCCGGCGGAAUCCCGGAGGAUGUCAUGGCAGCGAAGACCAGUCUCCUUGCACCAGGACUAUGACGAUGGCUACUCUUCCUACAGGAGUGAUCAUGAAGGCCGCCGCCAUCACCGCAGUCGGCGCCAUGAUGAUGAUUCGGCUAGCCGGCAGUCUUACGAUGACAGACCCCCUAGGAGGUCGACCAAUGCUACAGACUCUACGGCACCAUUAACAGGAACGGGGCUGGGAACCGCGGUUCUGGCCACCGGUUAUUCUGAUGACUUUGACUACGCUCUUACCCCUCGAACCGACCGCCAUCACUCUCGUGAUUAUGAUGAUCAUGGACAGGAACACCACAGGCGCCGCCGUCGGUCGCGCAGAUCAUCAAGACGGAGAACUGAGAGUGAUUCUGACGGAUAUACAUCAGACGAGGAUCUCAAGAACUACCGACGUGAACCUUCAGCUCGGCGGCAACCCGGUGGUUCCGACUCAUCUUCCGGUGGACGCAAAGACCCGGGAUCGCAGCAUUUGACGGUUGAGAGGGCACAUAGGCGCAGGAGCUCACGUUCGCGGCAUCGUGGGGAGAAUGGUUCUUUAAGAAAUGAGACGAGUUCACGCGAAUCGGCCAGCAGCCAGGAGGAUUUGAAGAAAAGCAAAGAACCGGAUGCUCCUCCAAAGGGGAUUUUGAAGCCACCUCGAGACAAAUUCCCCGAGGAGCCCAAUCCCGUCAGGGAGGGAGUGGCACCCCUGAAAGAUGCCCAUAAAAAGGGAAUCCCUCCCGGAGCGCGAUGGACCAAGAUCGAUCGGCGAUUGGUAAAUCCAGCCGCUCUUGAAGCUGGAAACGAGCGUUACGAGGAACGACCUGAUUAUGUCAUUGUCCUGCGUGUGUUGACCAAGGAGGAGAUCCAGGGGUACGCCGCCAGGACGCAGGAGAUCCGAGGUAUGUGCUGCUCAUCGACAUGGUUUGAGGCAAAUCGAACUAACCGCGAGUCAAUAGAUGCCCGUUACCAGGAAUACCUCAAGGAACGGCGUAAACGCAGAGAAGAGGAUCGUCGCCAGGGCCGCAGGGCCGACAGCUUGUCCAGUGACGAUGAGGAUGAAGACGAUGAGCCACGACGUGCAAUUGAGGGAUCAACCGAAUCAAAGCCUGACCCUAAAUCGUCGAGUCAACCAGUGGUGGAUGCCGGUAAAGCAUAG